UGAGUGUGACGGUGGAGCCGGCUGUGUUGCCGGGGUCGGAGCUGGUGCCUGUGCUGGGGCCGGAGGUGAACAGCACGCUGGAGAACGUGUAUGCUCAGCCGACCUGGCAGGUGGCGGUGUGGACGGUGGCGUACGCCCUGAUCGUGGUCACCGCCGUCAUUGGUAACCUGACCGUUAUCUGGAUCAUCCUAGCUCACCGCAGGAUGCGCACCGUCACCAACUACUUCCUGGUGAACCUGGCGUUCGCAGACGCUUCCAUGGGCGCCUUCAAUACCGUCUUUAACUUCCUCUAUGCCACCCACAACGACUGGUACUUUGGGCUGGAAUACUGCCGCUUUCACAACUUCUUCCCCAUCACUGCCAUCUUCGCCAGCAUUUACUCAAUGACCGCCAUCGCUGUGGACAGGUACAUUGCUAUAAUUCACCCCUUGAAGCCUCGGCUGUCCUCGGGUGCCACCAAGAUAAUGAUUGGGGUCAUCUGGCUCCUGGCUUUGGCACUCGCUUUCCCCCAGUGUUUUUAUGCUCACGUUGAACACCGGGACACCAGGACAAUCUGUAUCGUGAACUGGCCCGGAGACAUUGGCGGUCAGCACCAACUCACGUACCAACUGGCUGUCAUCGUGCUCAUUUACUUGAUGCCGUUGACGGUGAUGGGCAUUACCUACACCAAGGUGGGGAUCACACUGUGGGCCAGCGAGAUCCCAGGAGAUUCCUCUGAGCAAUACCAUGAGCAACUGAGUGCCAAACGCAAGGUGGUGAAGAUGAUGAUUGUGGUGGUGGUGACCUUCGGGAUCUGCUGGCUGCCCUAUCACUUCUACUUCAUUCUCGGCAGCUUCAACAACGACAUUUACUACGAGACGUACAUGCAGCAGGUCUACCUGGCCAUCUUCUGGCUGGCCAUGAGCUCCACCAUGUACAACCCCAUUAUCUACUGCUGCCUCAACAAACGGUUCCGGAUCGGCUUUAAGCGAGCGUUCCGCUGGUGUCCCUUCGUGCGGCUCAGUAAGUACGAUGAGCUGGAGCUGAAGGUGGCUCGCAGUCAGCGACUGAACCGCGCCAGCACUUACACCGCCAGCCGCCUGGAGACCGCCAGCAGCGUGCUGGAGCAGGGCCGGGCCAGGCCAGGGAGCACCUGCAUUUGA